AUGUGGUCUCUAAGAAACCUGAGCUCACCCACAGCUGAGCCCAGCGGAGACCUGUUUCUGGAGCUUGGAGUAGACACUCACAUCUCUGCCAAGGUGAUCUUCACUUUCCUAUAUGUCCUAAUCUUCUUGGUAGGCGUCAUUGGGAAUGUGCUGACCAUUCAGCUGGUGCUGAAGAAGCAGAGCUUACAGAGUUUGCAGGGCACAGUGCAUUAUCACCUGGUGAGCUUGGCACUGUCAGACAUCCUAAUCCUUCUGGUCAGCAUCCCCAUCGAGCUCUACAACUUCAUCUGGGUCCAUUACCCUUGGAUAUUUGGGGAUGUGAUGUGCAGGAGUUAUUACUUUCUGAGAGAUAUCUGCUCCUAUGCCACUGUGCUGAACAUUACCAGCCUGAGCUGUGAUAGAUACCUCGGUAUCUGCCAUCCAAUGAAAGCCAAACGAGUCAUGUCCAGAAGGAGAACCAAGAAGAUCUUGGCUCUAAUAUGGAUUUCUUCCUUAGCACUUGCCCUGCCAAUGGCUUUUAUUAUGGGAGUAAAAUACACAAGAAACACAGAAGAGGGUGUUCCCGAGCCCUCCUCUUUAGUGUGCACAUACCUAGUUACCACAGCCACCCUUAACGUUUUUGUACAGGUGAAUGUAUUUGUAUCUUUCCUUCUACCAUUGGUUAUAAUCACCUGCUUGAAUUGUGUGACUGUGCGUCAACUGGAGGCCCUGCGCUCGCGCUCCUACAAGUCCUCACAAUCCUCCUCCAGGGGUUUAUCCCAAGGAGCGUGUCAGUCUCAGAAAUCCAUCUCCUCUUCUGCUGGACCCAGAAUGGAUUCUGCAAGAGGAUCAAGCAUAAAGAAGGAUAGUCUGACGGUCUGCAGUGAGCCCAAUCGCUUCCAGGCUCUGCAGCACAGCAUUCUCAUGCUUAGAGCAAUUGUUAUUGCCUAUGUUGUAUGUUGGUUACCAUACCAUGCAAGGAGAUUAAUGUUCUGCUAUGUGCCAGAUGAUGACUGGUCUACCUUCCUGUAUACUUUUUAUCAUUACUUCUACAUGGUGACAAACUUCCUGUUCUAUGCCAGCUCAGCAGUGAACCCUGUGCUGUAUAAUGUGGUCUCUUCUUCCUUCAGGCAGCUGUUUUUUGAGACUCUUGGAAUUUCUUGGGAAAGCAAGAAAAAUGUAACAUUUUCUGUAACCAUGCAGUCUUCUCACAGUCUGAAGAAGAAUAUCUGUGUUGUUCCCAGUUAA